AUGAAACAGUUGUAUACAAUAGCACCUUCCGUUAGCACCGGAUUACCGUCUACGCCUAUUUCAACUGCUCGAAGCACGGAUCCUCUCAAAUCUGAGUCUACCCGGCUUGAAAAUGCCAACUAUUUGACAGAAUCAACAAAGUUACAUCUUCUUGCCGAAGAAGCUCAGCUUAAGGCCGAAAUAGAUUUUUUGAACGCCUAUCUUAAUGGUGAACCUGGCUGCGGUUCUGAAUCAAUUAGCCAAGACGAUAUCAAAGACCUCGAAUCUGAGUGUUCUUCGUUGAAGCGCGAGUGUCUGGAACUAAUCAGAUUGCUUGCGUCGGGCGAGUCCCUCGAAGCAAGUAGAUUGCAGUCAGAACGACGAAAAGCCCAACAGGAUUUCUGCAUUGAACUGCUGGACCGAAAAAUUGACGAAGCCAGAUUGGAGCUUUCAAAGCUUAAUAUUAUGCAAGACAUAUUGACGUUGGAGGACGAAGGUCUUUCUGAAGUUUCCACUUGUUUUGAGAAAAUCACUGCUGCCCUCCGGAGAUAUCGAGCUGUAACAAUGGACGUGAGCACCCGUUUUCAACAUGACGGUGAUUCAGGGGGCAAGGAGAACUCACGUCCCGUCCUCCCUGAAUUUGACGCGGUCGACACAAAACUUCAGUUGAUUCUUGUCAAAUUACUCAAAGGAUCAACCGCCAAUUUGGAUUGUUCGAAUAAGAACAAACUGAAUAAGCGAUUGCUAGCUCAACUGGAUGAAAGGCUUUCUCAAUUGGACGCUAAAAAGGUCGAAUCUCUUGCAGCCAUGGAAGAAUACUUGCAUAGUGCUCGUGUACUGAAUGAUUUGCUAGGCAAAGCCCUCCGCCGUCUCGACUGCAGCGAAGAACAUCCGCAACAAUUCAGAGACACUUCAGUGGAAUCUCCUGCCUUCUACUGGAACUCGCUGUCCCCCUUCACUGGUGUAAUCCCACAGCGCCUGAUCGAUAGAUUACAACAGACGCGAAUGGACCUCGAUGCCCUCACCUUGAACCUUCAUAAUCUAGAAAUGUCCUAUGAACUGAACUCAAAUUGA